ACUUUGUUUUGUAAAGCUGAAAUCAAACGUACUACUCGGUUCGUGUGUGUUUUUGUUUGUUUUGAGUCAGGUCUUACGUUAUUUUUAGGUGGUAUUACCAAAACGUUUUUGAGGGUUGACGUUUGGUUUUGUUUGAAAGUUGUCCGGAAGUCACGUAGUUGUCAUGUUACGAAUGACUCCUGAGAGGGUCGACAUCAUUUGACAGUUUGUGUGAAGUCCAAAGCAGGUCAGCGGCACGCGAUGGGCCCAUGGAUUAUUCGGACGACUGUUGUUGUUAUGUUAUUCAUCUGCUGCUACCAGGCUAAGCGGGACCAGACGCUCUACUGUUCUGCUUGCCGUGCAAUUGUAGACGAAUUGACGCACUCGAUCGAGCAGGUGGACCCAAAGCAAACCAUUAAUAUUGGCAGCUUUCGACUCAAUCCAGAUGGAAGCGUGAAAGACAAAAAGGUACCCCUCGCUCGUUCCGAGACGCACCUCGGUGAGCUCUUGGAUGGGGUUUGCCGUUCCAUGAGUGACUACGCCCUCCACGUGGACCCCGCCACCCGGAAAAAACGACACAUGAGGUUUGCGCCGAGGAGCAGUGGCUCCACCGGGGACUUCCCUGACCUUAAAAACUUCCAGUUCGAUGGACCUGAAGCUCCCAGUGCCUUGAAAUUCGCAUGUGAAACCAUCGUAGAGGAGCUGGAGGAUGAUAUCAUUGCGCUUUUCAGCCAGAACACCAAGGAUGCGCACAAGGAGUUAUGCAACAACGUCUCAGACUACUGUAAAGACACCAGUAACACAAAUGAGGAGUUAUAGUCUUUUUUUUUUUUGGGAAGUUUGAAAAUGGUGUGGUGUGACCAACUUUGUUUCAAUGAAAUGGGAAAUGAGAGGUCUAUUUAAUAAAAUGAACUUCUGACAAAUAAAAACUAUUUUGUGAA